CAUUGUUCAAUAUUCAUAAACAAAAAAUGGUUUACAAUUCCCAUGUUUUCACUUGGUUUUCUAUGUUUUGUAUUAUUUGGUACUCUGCAAAUUCCAUAAAGAAUACUAAUAAUAAUCACCAUAUGUGCACCUCUAAUUUUGACUAUUCUGAUGCUCUAAGCAAAGGAAUUUUGUUCUUCGAGGGCCAACGUUCCGGAAAGUUGCCUGCAAACCAAAGAGUCAUGUGGAGGGCAGAUUCUGCACUCUCAGAUGGCAAACUCGAAAAUGUCGAUUUGAGUGAAGGCUACUAUGAUGCAGGCGAUAACGUGAAGUUUGGGUGGCCCAUGGCGUUUUCAGUAGGCUUAUUGAGUUGGGCCGCUGUUGAAUACGAAAACGAGUUACAAUCGGCCCAUCAGCUUAGCAACCUCCAAAUGUCGAUAAGAUGGGGAACAGAUUUCUUACUAAAAGCCCACACUUCUUCUACCACAUUCUACACUCAGGGACCACGCGUGCUGGGAGCGGCGGAGGAUAUGGACACGCCUCGUACCCUUUAUAAAGUCACUCCAACUUCGCCGGGAACAGAGGCGGCUGCCGAGGCUGCGGCCGCCUUAGCCGCCGCAUCUAUUGUGUUCAGAGCGGCUGAUUCAAACUACUCCGCCACGCUCAUUACGAAUUCCAAAUCGCUAUUUGAGUUUGCGGAUAAAUAUAGAGGUUCUUAUCAGGGGUCUUGCCCAUUUUACUGCUCCUUCUCGGGUUAUCAGGAUGAAUUAAUCUGGGCAGCAGCUUGGCUGUACAGAGCUAGUGGUAAUGACACAUAUCUCAACUAUGUCUCCACAAAUAAGGACUGGAGCCAAGCUGUUAACGAAUUUAGUUGGGACAACAAAUUUGCCGGAGCUCAAAUCUUACUAGAAUAUCUUGCUGGAAAAAUAACUCUGUCAACAUAUAAGACCGGUGCCGAUUCAUUUGUCUGUGCCUUGAUGCCGGAAAGUAGCUCUGUCCAGAUCAGGACAACCCCUGGCGGGCUUCUGUAUACAAGAGACAGUAGUAACCUACAAUAUGUUACGAGUGCCACAAUGCUGCUUCUCGUCUACUCCAAGAUUCUAACCGAGGCUCGUCUUGAUGGAGUUCGUUGUGGAUCGGUUAAUUUUUCACCCACCGAUAUCAAAGCCUUUGCAAAAUCACAGGUGGACUACAUUCUUGGAGCCAAUCCCCUGAACAUGUCAUAUAUGGUUGGAUUUGGCGCCAAAUACCCGACCCAAUUACACCACAGGGGCGCCUCAAUCCCUUCGAUCCGCAACCAUCCUGCCAAAGUGGGCUGCUCAGAUGGACUUUCAGCUUGGUACAAUUUCCCCAACCCAAACCCAAAUACUCAUGUGGGCGCAGUAGUUGGAGGCCCAGGCCCAAAUGACCAGUUUACCGACUCGAGAACCGAUUUCUCGCACCUGGAGCCCACGACGUAUAUGAACGCCGCUUUUGUCGGGUCUGUGGCAGCUCUCAUUGGACAAACCAGACCCGAGUGUCCACACCUGGAUCUGCAUCAUAAUAAUAUUAAUAGGUCAAAUGCGGUGGAAUUUUAAAUAAUUUAAUUGGGAUGCAAAAGACAUUUAGUAUAAAAAAACUAUAAAUGUAAUAUAAUUCAAUGAAUUUCACGUGGGGCUGUAAAUUAAGUGUGGUUGUAAAAGUUUACUAAAUAAAUCAAGAUUACUGGGGUGAAAUUAUGGAGAAAAGUCACGGGUCUCACGGGUUUGACUCAAAAUUAAUGUCAACCGAGCAAAAUGAAAAAUUAAUGAUAUAAUUGAAUAAGUUUAAUUAACAACUCAUAAAAAUAUGGGCUGUAAAUUAGUACUAUCUGUGACGGUGUGUUUGCUGUAAAAGUUGGGAAAUAAAGUGAGAUUAUUGCUAUUUAGAAAAAGUCGGGCUCUGCUAUGGUUUGACGUGCACAAAAUGUCAACAACAGCAGUUAAAAGCUACUGAACUAGGAAAUACGUCGGUUGUUACCUAGUGGUUUGGUUCCUCUGAAUAAAUGAAGUUCGACAUUUAUAUUCGCC